CCAUGGCAAAAUAAUUACUAACAUAGGUGGAUUCAUUCGACCUGACAAUGCUACCAAGUACCAAUCAACAUGGAUUCAUUUGCAUUUAACCCGACAGUGCUACCAAGCAUCCCCGAGCGCAAGGGGACCCUUCUUCUCAAGUCUGAGCAUAUGAAAUAUGGCAGACCAACCUUGAAUUCCAACUGGCAUGAUGAUCGAGAAGCUGAGCCUAAAGACUAUGACAUCUGCAACAGUGAGGAAAGAAACUUGCUUACAUGUACCUACAACAGAAUAGGCAACGUCACAGAUGGGUCACUGAAGAGUGCUAAAACGACUCAGCAAGAAUCCAUGAGUGAGGUUGAAAGGCUGAAGAGUGACUUUGAGAGCAGGGACAUCAAUAAAAAGAUGGUCUCUGAGGCCAAUUUUUGUGAGGCCACUCAAGACAGGCAGACAGGAAAGCCUGACAGGGGUUACGGCAGCGUACUCCCACGACACAAACUGGACCACGGGACUAGGUACCUUACAACCACACAUAAGAUCGACUAUCAGUACCCAUUCCAGUGGUCUCCAAAACAAGAGACUACAGAGACACCCCCAGAGCCACGGUUCAACCAUGAGAGGUCAGAGUUCACAGACACAGCUAACCAUCGCCGUCCCGGACUCAACACAUGGCAAGACUGCAAUGGAACUGUCAGAAACUAUUACCAGUCAUAAUAAUUAUAAUUUAUUAUGUACAUGUACACUGUUACAAUACUUUUUAAAAGAGCACACAAAAAUGUAAAUACAAAACAGAAUAUUAUUGCUAGAAAAAUGUUUGCUUUGGAUCAUUCUC